UCAUGGCGAGCAGCCCUGCGGUGCUUAUGCGUUUGGUGGCUUCAGCCUAUGCCGUGGCAGAAAAGGCUGGAACUAUUGUCCGGAAAGUUCUGCAAAGUGGAGAGCUUGGUAUCGUUGAAAAGACAGGAGCUGAUGAUCUACAGACAUUGGCUGACAGGCUUGUUCAGAAGAGUAUAUGUGCAUCCCUGUCGAAAAGCUUCCCUAAAGUCACUAUCAUCGGGGAGGAGGAGUUACCAGCUGAGUCUGUUGAGGAAGACCUGAUAGAGAACGGGCACAGCAGCCUAAUCCUACAAAAAUCCUGUCCCGAUCAGUAUGCCAGCCUGAAGGAGGAAGAGCUGGUUGUGUGGGUGGACCCUCUUGAUGGCACUAAAGAAUAUACAGAAGGGCUUUUGGAUCAUGUGACAGUGCUAAUAGGGAUUGCUUAUGGUGGGACAGCCAUUGCUGGAGUCAUCAAUCAGCCCUUCUACAACUACCAGAUAGGGGCUGGUGCUUCUUUGGGCAGAACAUUAUGGGGAGUUUUGGGUUUGGGCGCGUUUGGGUUUCAACUCCAAGAAGUCCCAGAUGGUAAAAGAAUCAUCACAACCACACGUUCCCAUAGCAAUAAACUUGUGACCGACACAGUACAAGCCAUGGAGCCUCAUGAUGUCAUCAGAGUGGGAGGAGCUGGGAAUAAGAUCAUCCAGCUAGUGGAGGGAAAGGCCUCCGCUUAUGUGUUUGCCAGUCCAGGAUGUAAAAAGUGGGACACUUGUGCGCCUGAGGCAAUUCUUCAUGCAGUUGGAGGCAAACUGACAGACAUCCAUGGUAAUGCAUUCAGAUAUGAUGCCAAUGUGAAGCACAUGAAUUCUGCUGGAGUUCUGGCGACACUAAGGGAUCAUCAGUACUAUUUAAGCAGAGUGCCACAGGCUGCCCUACAGGCUCUUCCCUCUGACUAAACCAUUACAGGAUAUGAAGUCAUACUCUAAACAUUUGUGCCUCAAAGCUGUGAUGUGUCUUUGCCAUAAAAUCUCUUUUCUUAGAUUUAACUGUUUAAGAUUAAUAAGAUUUUAUUUACUGAGUACAUUCACAUGUUUUCAUCCAAUUUUAUUAGGGGACCAAAUAAAAAUGUGUAAAAACACCA